UAAGUCUAGACGCAAUUAAUUAGUUUCCGACGACUCUUGUCUUCUUCUACUUCUUCUACUUCUUUGUCGCCCAUCUCAUCUUUGUUAUCUUCUUCUUCUUUGAUUGAUUCUGAUUCAGAUUCAGAUUCAGAUUCAGAUUCAUCCUCCCCGGCGAGAAAGCUUUGUGCUUCCUAUCAACAAGUGAGUUUCCGAUUCCCUCUUCUUCUGAAAUUGAAAUUGAGAUGGGGUUUGACAAGCAAGCUUCUAGCUCCUCCUCCUCCUCCUCUUAUACCCUUAAAAUGCCACCACCUUCUAGGGAGGACACGCCUCUUCUCGGCAAAGGGCCUCCUCUUUCUAGCCAGUUCAAGACCUUCGCCAACAUCUUCAUUGCUGUCGUCGGCGCUGGUGUUCUUGGUCUUCCUUACGCCUUCAAGCGCACCGGAUGGCUCAUGGGCGUCCUCCUUCUCCUUUCCGUCUCCCUUUUGACCCAUCACUGCAUGAUGCUCCUCGUUUAUACCCGCCGCAAGCUCGACUCUCUCAACGGCGGUGGUUUCUCCAAGAUCGGCUCUUUUGGUGACCUUGGCUUUGCCGUCUGCGGUUCCCUCGGCAGGCUCGUCGUUGACCUUUUUAUUAUUUUGUCUCAAGCUGGCUUUUGUGUCGGAUAUCUUAUCUUCAUCGGCACUACUCUAGCUAAUCUUUUCGAUCCUGAUUCCCCCACCAGUCUCAGGCAUCAGUUUACACGCCUCGGCUCUGAAUUCCUCGGAGUCUCCUCUAAGAGUCUCUACAUCUGGGGAUGCUUCCCCUUCCAGCUUGGUCUCAACUCCAUCAAGACCCUCACUCACUUGGCUCCUCUCAGCAUCUUCGCCGACCUUGUUGAUCUUGCCGCUAUGGCCGUCGUCAUUGUUGAGGAUUCCAUGAUUAUACUCAAGCAAAGGCCUGACGUUGUUGCCUUCGGUGGUAUGUCCCUCUUCUUCUAUGGGAUGGGCGUGGCCGUUUAUUCUUUUGAAGGUGUUGGAAUGGUCUUGCCUCUUGAAUCGGAGAUGAAAGACAAGGACAAGUUCGGCAAAGUCUUGGCACUCGGCAUGGGAUUCAUCUCUUUCAUAUACAUAGCCUUUGGUUUCUUAGGUUACUUGGCUUUUGGUGAGGACACAAUGGACAUCAUCACCGCCAACUUGGGGGCAGGACUUAUCAGCACUAUUGUUCAGCUUGGACUCUGCAUCAACCUCUUCUUCACCUUCCCCUUGAUGAUGAAUCCGGUGUUUGAGAUAGUAGAGAGGCGGUUCUCGGGUGGGAUGUACUCUGCGUGCCUGAGAUGGCUGCUAGUAUUGGCAGUGACUCUGGUGGCUCUCUUUGUGCCAAACUUUACAGAUUUUUUGUCAUUGGUGGGGAGCAGCACUUGCUGCAUCUUAGGGUUUGUGUUACCUGCUUUGUUUCAUUUGCUGGUGUUCAAGGAAGAGAUGGGGUGGAAGCAAUGGAGCCUGGACAUGGCGAUAGUGGGACUGGGAGUGGUUCUUGCUGUGUCGGGAACUUGGAGUUCCCUGAGUGAGAUCUUCUCUGUCAAAGUGUAAGCAGUGAAGCUUGUAUCCAAGAUGUGUCAUAUACUCAUGUAUAUAUAUGAUUUUAAGAGCAUCUGAUUUGUGAUUGGAUUUGUAUAUUGAUGAUGGUCGGAAUAAAAGACAUGAGCUCUGUUUUCUGGUUUGUAAAUAUACACAAAAUACAAAUGUGUUGUGUUGUUAUGUCUGCAUUUGAAAUAAACAAAUAUUAUCAUU